AUGAUAUUGAACCAAGAAAACCAGAGUGCUGACGUGACUUUCAUCCUUUUGUGUUUCUCAGAAUAUCCAGAACUCCAAGUGCCCCUGUUCUUGUUAUUCUUAGCCAUCUACACAGUCACUGUGCUGGGGAACCUGGGCAUGAUCAUGGUUAUCAAGAUCAAUCCCAAACUCCACACCCCUAUGUACUACUUUCUCAGUCAUUUGUCUUUUGUUGAUUUCUGUUACUCUACAGUGGUUACACCCAAACUAUUAGAAAACGUGGUUGUGGAAGACAGAACCAUCUCCUUCACAGGAUGCUUCAUUCAGUUCUUCUUUGCCUGUGUAUUUGUGGUGACAGAAACACUCAUGUUGGCCGUGAUGGCCUAUGACCGAUUUGUGGCCGUGUGUAACCCUCUGCUCUACCCAGCAGUCAUGUCUCAGAAGCUUUGCUCCCUCUUAGUGGGUGCAUCAUAUUCUUGGGGUAUAGCCUGUUCCCUGACCCUUACCUACUUUCUAUUGGAAUUAUCUGUCAGAAGAAAUAAUUUCAUAAAUAUUUGUGAGCAUGCUGCCAUUGUCUCUGUGUCUUGUUCUGACCCCUACAUUAGCCAGAAGAUCAUUUUAGUUUCUGCCACUUUCAAUGAAAUAAGUAGCCUGAUGAUCAUUCUUACUUCAUAUAUUUUCAUUUUUAUCACAGUCAUGAAGAUGCCUUCAACUGGGAGGCGCCACAAAGCCUUCUCCACAUGGGCCUCCCACCUGACUGCCAUCACCAUCUUCCAUGGGACCAUUCUUUUUCUCUACUGUGUGCCUAACUCCAAAAAUUCCUGGCUCAUGGUCAAGGUGACCUCUGUCUUUUACACAGUGGUCAUCCCCAUGCUGAAUCCACUGAUCUACAGCCUCAGGAACAAAGAUGUGAAAGAGACAGUCAGGAAGUUAUUCAACACUAAAUUGUCCUGUGAUGAGUGUAAAGCUAGAAUAUGA